AAAUCAAGGCUGAUUUAAUAGCUUAUCUUGUAAGAGAAAAGCCCGGCCCAAAGGUGCGUUGCUAGUGGAGACUUAAUCAUAAGCAGGAUUGCAGUGAUGUGUUUUUAGCACGGAAGUGAACCCCGGUGUCAGUACGGAAAGGUGCUUUUCUGCUUUUCCCUCCGUGGCACAAGCAUAUACACGUUGCAGACCUGUGAGUGAAGGCCUGGGUUUUCUCUGGAAAUCUGUCUUACUAAUUCUCUGGAAACCUGGCGCUAUGCAUCCAGAUCCUGGACCCUUAUGGACGCUGCUCUACGUUAUCCCUUUGAUUCCAUGUUCUUCUGCGAGUUCAGACCUGGUGCCUUACUUUAUUUCUGAGCCACUUCCGGCUGUCCAGAAGCUUGGUGGACCUGUAAUACUACGUUGUUCUGCUAACCCUGUGACUGCUCACAUCUCCUGGUUGCAUAAUGGAAAGAGAUUGGAUGGAAACCUGGAGCAGAUUAAACUUCAGCAGGGGACUUUGGCGAUUCUUUCUCUUAACCCCUCCCUCUCGGGUUCCUACCAGUGCGUUGCCAACAGCAGCAUAGGCGCAGUUGUGAGCAGCCCCGCAACAGUGUCCCUCGCAGUUCUUGGUGAUUUUGACUCAUCAGCAAAGCAUGUUAUUACAGCGGAAGAGAAAAGCACGGGUUUCAUUGGCUGCCAGGUACCGCCUAGUAACCCCAAAGCCGAAGUGCGCUAUAAGAUCCGGGGAAGAUGGCUGAAGCGUUCGACAGGGAAGUAUAUAAUCCUCCCAUCAGGAAACCUUCAGAUUUUGAAUAUAUCCUCAGAAGAUAAAGGAUCGUACAAAUGUGCAGCUUACAAUCCUGUCACCAAUGAACUCAAAGUUGAGCCUAUUGGCCAGAAGCUCCUUGUGAGUCGCCCUUCGCCAGAUGGUUUUCACAUUCUUCACCCCACCCUUUCCCAGGCGUUAGCUGUGCUUUCUCACAGCCCUGUAACUUUGGAGUGCGUGGUGACAGGGGUCCCGGCCUCCCAAGUGCACUGGCUGCGGGAGGGCCAAGACGCUGUGCUGGGGAGCAAUUGGAGGCGCCUCUAUUCCCACCUUGCCACAGCAAGCAUUGACCCGGCAGACUCUGGAAACUAUUCCUGUGUGGUGGGCAACAGGUCUGGAGACAUAAAGCAUGUCACUUACAUGGUUAAUGUGCUUGAACACGCUUCAAUUUCUAAAGGACUACAGGACCAAACGGUGCCUCUGGGUGCCACAGUGCAUUUUACCUGUGCUGUUCGUGGGAACCCAGUCCCCAACUGUACCUGGUUUCAUAAUGCGCAGCCCAUUCAUCCUUCCCCCCGACAUCUAACUGCAGGAAACAAACUGAAAAUCACUGCUGUCACCAUGGAUGACUCUGGACUGUAUCAGUGUGUAGCGGAUAAUGGAAUUGGCUUUACGCAGUCCACUGGGAGACUUCAAGUUGAGCAGGGCCAUGGAUUCAAGCCAGUUAUUGUCACAGCGCCAGCAAGUGCAAAGGUGGCAGAUGGAGACUUUGUCACGCUGUCCUGCAAUGCCACUGGAGUGCCAGUCCCGGUCAUUCGCUGGUAUGGCAGCCGCGGGUUGAUAACCAGUCAUCCAUCUCAAGUCCUUAGGUCCAAAUCCCGGAAGUCACACUUCCUAAGACCUGGGGGCCUUGACCUGGAGCCUGUUUACUUCGUCAUGUCUCGAGCUGGCUCAAGCUCCCUCUCCAUCCCGGCUGUCUCUCAGGAACAUGCCGGGAGAUACAUCUGUGAAGCAACCAACGAUCAGGGCACCGUGCAGGCAGAAGCAUUUCUCACAGUGGUUCCUUUUGAAUCAAAUACAAAAGCAGAAACAGUCACACCUUCUGAUGCUAUUCAGAGUGAUGAAAGAGAUCACAGAGAUGGCUCAGAAUCUGGCUUGCUGAGCUCAUUUCCAGGGAAGGGACCUCCUGGAGCAGCAGAACCAUCACCAGAGAAAAACGCCAGUGGCACCUCUGUCCCUGACGCGCCCAUCAUCCUGAGCCCCCCGCAGACCCCCACAGCAGACACAUACCACCUGGUGUGGAGGGCGGGCAAGGACGGUGGACUGCCCAUCAAUGCCUAUUUUGUCAAGUAUCGAAAGCUGGAGGACGGUGCUGGUGCAGUGGGGAGCUGGCACACGGUUCGAGUCCCUGGCAGUGAAAGUGAGCUGCAGCUAACAGAACUGGAGCCCUCCAGUCUCUACGAGGUUCUGAUGGUGGCAAGAAGUGCCGCGGGUGAAGGGCAGCCUGCCAUGCUUACCUUCCGAACCAGCAAAGAGAAAAUAGCAUCAUCAAAAAACACCCAGGCGUCCUCUCCGCCUGUGGGGGUCCCUAAGCAUCCUGCUGUUUCUGAGGCUGCCAACAGCAACUUUGGAGUGGUGCUCACUGAUGCCUCCAGGCACAGUGGAGUCCCGGAGGCUCCAGAUCGACCGACUGUCUCCACUGCGUCCGAGACCUCAGUCUAUGUCACGUGGAUUCCCCGGGCAAAUGGUGGCUCUCCCAUCACAGCCUUCAAGGUUGAAUACAAACGGAUGAGGACGGGUGACUGGCUGGUGGCAGCUGAGGACAUUCCUCCUUCCAAACUUUCUGUGGAAGUUCGAAGCUUAGAGCCAGGUUCAAUAUACAAAUUCAGGGUCAUUGCUGUCAAUCAUUAUGGAGAGAGUUUUCGGAGUUCAGCGUCUCGUCCUUACCAGGUGGCUGGAUUCCCCAAGCGUUUCUCCAGCCGUCCCAUCACUGGACCUCACAUUGCGUACACGGAGGCUGUUAGCGACACUCAGAUCAUGCUAAAGUGGACGUAUAUCCCAUCAAGUAACAAUAACACGCCCAUUCAAGGAUUUUAUAUCUAUUACCGACCAACAGAUAGUGACAAUGACAGUGAUUACAAGAGGGACGUUGUAGAAGGGUCAAAGCAGUGGCACAUGAUUGGCCACUUGCAGCCAGAAACCUCGUAUGACAUUAAAAUGCAGUGCUUCAAUGAGGGAGGGGAGAGCGAGUUCAGCAACGUGAUGAUCUGUGAGACUAAAGUGAAACGUGUCCCUGGAGUCUCUGAGUAUCCCAUCAAAGCCUUGAGCACGCCUCCAAGUUCUUCCGGAAAUGGAGGAAGUGUUGGGUCUGCAACUAGCCCGGCAAGAAGCAGUGACAUGUUGUAUCUCAUCGUUGGCUGUGUGCUUGGUGUCAUGGUCCUCAUUCUUAUGGUUUUCAUUGCAAUGUGCCUGUGGAAGAGUCGCCAACAGAAUGCCAUCCAGAAAUAUGACCCACCGAGAUAUCUCUACCAAGGGUCAGAUAUCAGUGGGCAGAUGCUGGAGUGUGCUGCUCUCCCAGGAACCACCCGGAUCAACGGAAGUGUUCACGCAGGCUUUCUAGGUGGUGGCAGCCUCAGCAAUGGCUGCGCCCAUCACCAUCACAAGAUGCCCAAUGGAGUCAAUGGCAUGGUCAAUGGGAGCUUAAAGGGAGGACUCUACCCUGCACACAGCAACUCACUAACUAGGACGCAUGUGGAGUUUGAACAUCCUCAUCAUCUGGUAAAUGGCAGCGGCAUGUGCGCAGCAGUCCCGCAGGUGGACCCUCUGGAAUGCGUGAGCUGUCGGAACUGUCGGAACAACAACAGGUGUUUCAAAACCAAUGGCACGUUCAGCAGCAGCCCCCUUCCGCUGGUUCCACUCGUAGCGCCUUGUCCCCAGGAUGGCUUGGAAAUGAAGCCCCUCGGUGCCAUGCAGAUGCCUGUGUGUCUGGCGUCCGUGGUCCCUGAUUGUGUCCAGUUAGCCGAGGAGCGCGCCAAGGACAGUGUGGCACCGAUACCUGCCCCACAUACCUGCUGUCGGGAUGACAUAAGUGACACCAACUCUGACUGUACGGAAGAUACCACAGAGUUUAGCAGAGGAGACAGCUGUGGCCAUUUAGAAAUGGAGAACAGAAGUUUAAAUUGGAAUCCUCUUGUUUUGCCACCCGUUUCAGAGGACUGUCCUGGGAAGAUGACAGUGUGGUCUCCUCCUGGCAUUCCCGUAGACAGCUCAUCAGGGAUCCUUCAGCAACCCCAGGAAACCUGAGGUUGUGCAAACACCGAGUCACGGUCCCCCUUCCACCAGUAGCUGCGCAGCACAGGCCUGGGAAUGCACUGUGUGAAGGACAUUAAUUCAAAUAAGAGAAAAUCAUUAUUUAUUUUUUUUGUAGUAGUAACUUCAUGUGAAUGUAUCUUAAAAUGUGUGCCCUCUUAUAUUAUUUAUGCCUUAAGAUUUCCCUAUUCCUUCUUUCUCCCUCAGUAGGAAACAACCUUUUUUGUAUGGUUCAAUUAUCUGGAGAACAGAGGGAUCAUUGCGCAUUUUUCAAGACCCUCAGUGACAGUAAGGGCUCCUCGUGCUGUGGAUCUGUUCUGUUGGCUGAUGCGGCCAGGGGGCGAUCACACAAGGCGGCUGAAAUCACAUCCUCAGAUGGGAAAUGACCAUUCGGUGUUGACAACAUUUUAAGAUCAACCAUAGUUGUGACCUGAUGUUUAUGGUAGCAUAUCAGGCUGUUUUAUAAGGGUACCUUCCACAAAAGUGCUACUCUGACCUGCAGACUUCUUGUCUGCACUGGGCACAAG